AACAGUUUGCGCGUAGCACGUGUCGGGUCGUUACCGCGCGCUUGUUUAGUGUAGAGUGGUCAGAAGAACCAAAACAAAAUAUAGAAUAAUAGCGUGGACCCUGACCGUUGUUGCAUUGCGGUUAGAAGUUAUUGCUUCCUGUCUAUUUCGACCAAAUCUUUCUCAAAGGCUAACGACGACCAUCCCCCGCCUGCUAGGAUGGCCCAAGCAAUAAAAUUUUAUCAGCUAGACUAAGUCGAAUGUUUGGCGUGAUGAUUGUGUGAUGUACAUGUAGGUAAUCAUAUUCCAAUAAACGGUUUCUGUUUAUCAAAAGUGCCCGCUAAUGAUUGCUUUGUAUUUGGCGCGAUAACCACUCUUGGCUGAGAGAUAUUCUCAUCUUCUGGACAGUUUAGGUCGCGUUGGCCGUACAGGUAGUUCGGCAGUUAGUUAGUUAGUUGCCUGUAGGGCAGAAUCAAUCGACAUCUGUAGGAGGUGACAUCGAGUAAUCCCAUGGCGCACUUUCGGUAGAAACUCUUGGAAGUAUACCCUUACACACGGUAUCAGUGCAUCGUUAUCGCCAUCUCCCUAGUAGAGUAAUUUAUUUAUGCCAGAAAGCGAGCGCUAGACAGUGCAUGCUUUCUUUUACUGGGCGCUCAAGUGUCUUGAAAAGAUUUGUACGAACGGCAAACAUUUGUCUUUCAUUCAAAAGAUUAAAACACAACAAGAAAAAAGGACCGUGCUGGUAAACCUAACGGGUAUCAGUCCGACAGCCCAUGGGAGUUCACGAGCUCGAUCAGUGCUAAACGCGAUGGCAACGGAUUUUGUACGCCCAACGUUCGUGGAAUACUAGAUGCAACCGUUUCUGUGUAAUCUGUCUGCUGAAUAUAUGAAGUGAAAUAACACGUGAAUCAAGCAAAAUCCUGAAGGAAAUCAUCCAAGCAACCAUGGCCAAAACCCAAAGAAGUAAUAAAAAUGGCGCGCCAGCCGAUCAUGUCGCCUACUACCAUACCUACAAGUACAACUCGCUACAAAGGCUCAACAAAACUAAAAACAUGCACGGAGUCAAGCGCGUCAUAGCAUUCUGCAUACUAACUGCUGUCCUGCCAGCCUCACUCAUCAUACUUCCGCUAUACCUGCGGCAUACCGUAUUCGCGGACGUGGUCUAUCCAAUUGCCGAAUCCGACAUAAUCGAAAUCCGCGAUGGCAUAUCGACGGUAUUCUGCCAACGGCACACCCUGCAGAUGAACACCAGCUUCAAUGCAUUCCAGCUCAACCAGAAGCCAGAAAUCUCACAGAACCGGAAGCACAUUCGUCUGAAGAAGUCUAUGUCCUUGCCGGACGAUACCCUGGAAUAUUGGGGCUUCUACCUUCUGAAGGGAGCAACCGUUGCGUUGAAGGUGUGCUCACGAUACGACGGCUCGCGGAUACUGGUCGUCAAGGGAGAACGGAAUCUGAGGACGUGUGGUCUGCUGGACCACAACAAGAACAAAGUGGGUGCGCACUACAACACCGAGCACAUCCAGGUGAAGGUCACAUUCGAAUCGGCGGCGGAAAUUGUUGAAUCGUCUGGAAUCACGAGCAACAAGUCCGGUCGGUAUGUGUCCCCGGACGAGGGGAAUCACGGAGGAGAAGAUCUGACCGAAGAGGACAUGACCGUUGCUGAGAGUGUGGAUCCCUCUGGGCGGACAAACCCUCCCGUAAACCCGACUAAACACUCAAAGCACGUCUCAGAAUCGAGAAACUCAUUAGACUCAAGGCAACAGAAAGCCGACACCAAUAGUACAAGAGAUAGUGGCUCCGAACAUGCGGUCAAUUCUCCGACUACACGCAAGCAUACUCAGACAUCUAGUACACCGGAAGCACCGAACACUCUACAGGCAUCCAAAGAGACGGUCAACAAUCACAAACAUAACCACAACUAUAAGGAUUCCAAGGUUGACGAUUCUGAACCGAGUGAGGAUCAACAGCGUCACCGUAGAAGACGCCAUCAUGGUAAACACGGUCAUCACGAUAAGGUCGAUAAACAGAAAGCUUAUUUGCAAGAAUCGCUGAGUGGGGUAGAUAUGGCGAUGGAUAACAUUGGCACCAGGGCUCGACGUGAUAUUGUAUAUGAUCGUAAAAUCAACCACGGUGGUAAUGCCAUGAAUUUCUCCAACAAUAACUCUGAUUCAGAGUCUAGCUUUGAAAACAGUUUACUCACAUGUUACGACGGUGAUAUUCUUGUAGCGCAAAGUUUCCCGCCCAGCCACUUAUGUAAGGACGUGCAAUAUCUAGAGAAUGGAAUCCACAUGGUAACGAAGCACGAGGUCGCUUCCGACGGAUAUUACUAUUAUAUUUUCUACAGUGACAACGAUUAUGUGCAAAACGAUAUUCAUGCUGUUUUCGACAUAUACAAACCGACCUUCCAGUACUCCAACAUCUCGGAGUCAAAGGGAUGUGUCAAUAGUACAAAUUGUUCAUUUCCCAUUAGUUUUUGGUCGGAUGAACGAGUGAUAGUGGAAGUGCCCACGAGAGACGGUAUAGAACACGAAGAGGAUGACAUAACCUUCCUAAUAUCGACGUGCCAACCGCGUAUGGCCGUCUACAUUGUGUUUCCCAUAUCCGUUCUGUUUCUUGUGUUGACGUGCGCUUUCCUGUAAAAGUUAGGUUUAGAUAUGCAUAUGGCAUUCAUAUUAUUUUUUUGUGUUAAUGAAAGACUUGUUAUUUUAGUUAUGCAGAGCAAUGAAUUUGAUCCACUUGAAACCCGUCAAUACACUAUUUUCAAUUGGAUGUCUGUUUUCUAUAUGAUUACAGCGGCAUAGAGAAUGGCUUAAAUAUAGGGAAACCUUCUGAAUAAUACAUUGGACCAUGGUAUCGAUGGAUAAAAUCUUUAAGUAUUUGUUAUUUGUCGUUAGAUUAACGAAAUAUGAACAACUAUCCAUAACUCUAUAGUAUAGGGACCAUCGAGCUGAAGAAUACAAAAUCAGUGGAAAUGUAAUUCAAGGGUCCAUCAAGGUAGCCAUGAAAACCAGCUUUCACUAGGGUUCUCUAACUAUAUAUUAAGGAGUGGAAUAUCGAGUUUAUGGAAGGUUGACUAUAUGUUCAAAACUUGCGUCACACUUAUGAUACAAUGGUGAUAUUAGUCCAUGGUACAAUUAUCUUGAAAUGAGCUCCAUGCUGAGAAAUUGUCUUCACUCAAGACAGUCUUGGAAUAAUUUUCUUGACGACUUGUAGCAUGGUACGUAUACCAUGGUACCAGGUUUUAUCUGUCGUAUGGUGACGGUCCAUACGGUCUUCAGUCACUGAAACAAUAUUUUAGAUUUCAAACUCACUCUCAAGUUUAAGCCUCAAAAUAGUUCGCCCAGAUAUCACUUUCAUAAGUUACUUUUAUCCGAAGGAAUAUCACUCUGGCUAACAGAAAAUAUUUGCAUUUUAUGUUUUUUUUUUAUUCAUAUUUCUUAACUCAGAAGACAACAGGUAGUAUUGAAAUCUUCUUUUCUUUCAGUCACUGCUGUAACUUCUGCAGUUUGGGUGUAAGAUUUGUAUAAAAUAGGUUAAGUUAUUUUCAAGUUCAAAUUUUGUUUGAACCUAGAUAUUACGAACAUAUCGUUUUAUGACAUCGCAGUCGUACUGUAUUAUAUAAGUAACCCAUAUUUAUGAACGAAUGUAAGCGCUCAGGUAAAAUCGAUAAUAAUUCGGCAAUGCUAGUCGUUACGAUUCGAGUAAUAAGUCAAGUCAGUUCAUCGGGGAAAAUGCCAAGUAUCUAUUUUACAAUAUUAGUAACUACAAGAGGCUAUGAGAAAAAUACAUUAUCAACCUAGCAGAAGUUAAAGAAUAAUAAUAAAUUACUUCGAACUACAAGAGUUACCGAUCGGGAAAAGUAAAUGACUGUGUCGAAAACAACAAAGGAAAAAAAUGUGAUAACUAUAAUUGUAACCAACACAACUUAAAUACAAAGAAACAAUAGUUCAUAUAUGUUGACCAUAUGACAGAAUUGUAUUGAAUAGACGUUGAGUAUAAAAACCUUCAUGUA